AUGACCUACGCGGAUCGCGUCGACGUCAACCGCAAGCUCACCCCUAUCAACCAACCAACCAUCACAAUCUCGCAUUCCUUCAUCAAAUCCAAAAUGUCUCUCUUUGCCUCUCUCCGUCCCACCACCCGCCUGGCGACCGCCGCCCGCUCCUUCAGCACCACCAGCGCUCGCCCUGCCGCUCGCAUCACCAUCACCGGUCGUUUAGCCGCCGAUCCCGAGCUGGUAGCCACAUCCACCGGACAGGAUGUUAUCAAGUACGCUGUUGGCACAUCAAGCGGACCUCGCGAUAACAAGCAGACUAGCUGGUUCCGCGUUGCGAGCUUUGCGGAGGGUGGACAGCGGGAUUACCUGAUGUCCUUGCAGAAGGGAACCCUUGUUCAUGUCGAAGGUGAUGCUAAGCUGAAGACUUAUGAGGAUUCCGAGGGCCGUAGACAGACUACCUUGAACAUUACACAGCGAUUCAUUGAGGUCCUCAGCCGUCCCCAGAACAACAACUCCGAGCAUCACGAAUCCCACUAA